GUGUGGCCUCUGUGAUAUAAACUGGUGUAGCACUGUGCACCCCAUUCAUUCAACACCCGUGAUCCGAACUGCAAGGAUAUCAUCAGUACGUGCCAUUUUUCAUCUGGACAUUUCUUCAACAAUAAUGGGCACAAUGACGAAGAAGAAAAUUGGAAAUUCAAGCCCGAAAAAUACCAACAGUAUGAGAAGGAUGUUAAAGCCAGUUAUAGAGAAAAAAAGACGAGACCGAAUAAAUCAGAGUCUUAGCGAGCUAAGGAUUUUGUUACUGAACUACAAAUUAGAUUCGCGUUUACAGAACCCCAAACUGGAGAAAGCAGAGAUUCUAGACCUGGCUGUGGAAUAUCUUCAAAAAAGGACAGACAAACGAAGUAUAAGCAAUGAUUGUUCCUGCCAGGCUGUGUGUGGGCCGAAGGAGGUGCAGCAAGUUAUUCACAGUGAGGCCUCCAUGGCAGGCGCCCCCAGUCCCCCAACAGCAGCAUUCCCCAGGUCUGCUCUCCCUGCCAUCUACACGGCAGGCUUCCAGCAGUGUGUCUCUCACCUGGCUGGCUUCAUGGGCAGCAGCAGCCCCUUGGAGAAAAAGGGCUUCAUCCUCCUCCAAGGGCUGAAGAGCUACAUAGACAGUCAGUACCCAACCACAAACACCAGUACAGAGCAGCUGCAGUGCGCAUCCUCCUCGUCAUUAACAGACAUCCAUCUGAGGUCAGAUGGUAAGGAGAUGGCUCAUUGGGCGGACAUGGUGCCUGUGAGAGAGGGAUGCCGUCACUCUAAACAGGGGGCAGGUAUCUGUCUCCGCAAAUCCACUUUGUCGACCAACCACCUUUCUUUCUGCCAACCUAAUGGCCACUCGUACCCCUUGACACCUGACUAUCUCUCCUCACUGUCUCCUUGCCUUUCUUGUUCUUCUUCGGUUUUCACCACCCCUCCUCCAUACUCCUCGUUUCCCUGUCACCUUAGUUUCCCUCCCAGCCUGUCACCUAUUUCCUCCAACCCCUCAUCCUGCUCCGGAUCCCCGUCGCUACAUAACGUCCCUUCUCCUCCACUUGUUUUUUCACCCACCUUCCCUCUCUCAAGUCCUCCCGGCCUCCCUCUCCCGAGCCCCCCUCUCGUCCCCUUUCCCUCCCAUACGUCUCUGUGGUCCCCUGUGCCUGUACGAAGGCAAGAAUGAUUUAUUAGCUCCACACACGGGAGACCCUGGUAGAAAGCCAGGUGUGUGCAGAGGGACUAUGAAACAGUUCAACUGGACCAACGUUGGAGAAACUGACAAGAGGAGAGAGCCACCUGGUGGAGAUCAUGGAGGUAACCUGAACAUGACCCUGCUGCUGCUGACAUUAAUAUGGUGCUCUUCUCAUUUGAUCAACUUUCCUGAUCAUUUCUGAAAUGUUCCCCAUAUUUGUAACAUGUCUCUCUUUCAUUUUUUAGAUAGUCCUUGUAAAUAUGAAUUGCAUAAACUGUGUAUAAAUGU